CCAAAACAUUACGAAACGCGAGUGUAAUUAUUAGUAAAAGAAAACUUUUGAAAGAAAAUGUUAUUUUUCUAAAUAUUUAAAUAAGAAAAUUAAAAUAAAUGUUAAUAAAUUUAAAAUAAAACUAUUAAAGAACACAAAAUUAUGUCGGUACAAUACCAAAGAUUUUUAAAAGUACUCGAAAAGUGGCCAGCAGAAAAAUCAAAAGUCGGCAGGGAUCUUGGUGAGCAAAUACGUAAACAUAUAAAAAGUUUAACAAAUCCAGCAAAUUUAACACAAGAAGCCACCGAUAAAAUCACCAAACAAAUAGAUUCACUUGAAAGAUUGGCCAACAAUACCUACGGACGUAAAUAUACACGUAUUUACAGUUCCACAGCUACUGGACUAACUGCUCAACAGUGUAAUCAAGUGUUAUCUUCGGAAUUUUUACAAUAUUUAAACGAGGACAAAAAGAAGAAUUGUUCUCAACAGACCACUAGAACAGCCGCAAAACCUCCACAUAUACCGGUAUUGUGUCAAGAAGCCAUUAGCUAUUUAAAACCUUUAGCACAGCAAACAUUUAUUGAUAUGACAUUUGGUGCUGGCGGCCAUACUAGUCAACUUUUGGAACAACAUCAAGAUAUUAAAGUGUUUGCCUUAGAUCGUGAUCCGGUAGCUUAUGAAUUGGCUAAAAGUAUGAGUUCUAAAUAUCAAGGUAGAUUAAUACCUUUACUGGGAAAAUUCUCUGACCUACCACGUCUACUUAAAGAUCAUCAAGUGGGACGUCAUAGUAUAGAUGGUAUUCUCUUCGAUUUUAGAUGUUCCUCUAUGCAAUUUGAUGAAGCUGAUAGAGGUUUUUCUAUAUCGAAAAAUGGUCCCUUAGAUAUGCGCAUGGAUCGUGGUUUUAACAAUAAUACCGAACAAAUAACAGCAGCUGAUGUUUUAGCUCGUGCAGAGGAAGUAGAUUUGGUGAAAAUUCUAAGAGUUUAUGGUGAAGAAAAAGCAGCUAAAAAAAUUGCCCGAGCUAUUGUGGAGGCACGCGCUGCUUUCUAUAAAAUAGAAACUACCAAACAGUUGGCAGAUCUGGUGGCUUCUUGUUUAAGUGAUACACCCUUUAGAAUGGAUAAAAUGCAACGUCCCACCCAUGUGGCCACAAAAACUUUUCAAGCUUUACGUAUUUUCGUUAAUAACGAAUUAAACGAAAUCAAUUAUGGCAUGAUCUUGGCAAAUGAAUAUCUAAAACCGGAAGGACGUUUAGUAGCCAUUACUUUUCACUCUCUAGAAGAUACCAUAGUUAAACGUCAUCUUAAUGGCAAUGUCAUAGAAGGUUUAGCCAAUCCGGUACCUUUGAAAUAUUGUGGUCAUGAUGUAACACACGAUAAAGAGUUGGUGGAAUCAUUUGUAUCUAGUAAAUGGAAACAAUUGCAUAAACAUGUAAUUGUACCAGAGGAUGAGGAAAUAAUGCGUAACAGUCGUAGUCGUUCGGCUAAAUUGAGAGCUAUCAACUUCCUUAACAAUGAUCCCAAUGUUCACGGUAUCAUUGUACAAAUGCCUUUGGAUUGUGAGAAUAAAAUUGAUUCUCACAAAGUUACCGAUGCCGUUUGUCCCGAAAAAGAUGUCGAUGGUUUGCAUACAAUGAACGAGGGACGCGUUUCCAUUGGUGAUUUAAGCGGUUUUAUGCCCUGUACUCCUUGGGGUUGUAUUGAAUUGAUCAAACGUUCGGGUAUUCAAAUUGCUGGCGCUAAUGCUGUUGUUUUGGGACGUAGUAAAAUUGUGGGUACACCAGCUGCUGAGCUUUUGAAAUGGCAUCAUGCUACCGUCACUGUUUGUCAUUCAAAGACCAAGAAUAUCGAGGAUAUUUGUCGUACUGCUGAUAUCUUAGUUGUCGGUAUUGGUGUACCAGAAAUGGUUAAGGGUUCUUGGAUUAAACCUGGUGCUGUCGUGAUUGAUUGUGGUAUCAAUGUUAAGCCAGAUCCUACUAAAAAAAGCGGCACUUGUUUGGUUGGUGAUGUUGAUUUUAAAGAAGCUAAAUUGGUAGCUUCUUCUAUAACUCCUGUACCUGGUGGUGUUGGUCCCAUGACCGUAGCCAUGUUAAUGCAAAAUACUGUACGUUCAGCUUUUACAGCAGCUGAGAAAUUAUUGAAAAAGACAUGGGAUUUGUCACCAUUGACAUUGAGACCCGCUAGACCAGUACCCAGUGAUAUUGUUGUAGCUCGUUCACAGACUCCCAAGAAUAUUUCAUUAUUGGCCAAGGAAAUUGGUUUAAUCGGCAAUGAAGUGUCUUUGUAUGGUAAUAAAAAGGCUAAGAUUGCUUUAAGUGUUUUGAAACGUUUGGAGUCAAGAGGUGAAGGUUCUUAUGUUGUGGUAGCAGGUAUCACCCCUACUCCCCUGGGUGAGGGUAAAAGUACCACACUUAUUGGUUUAGUUCAAGCUCUCUGCGCCCAUAAAAAACGUAAUGCCAUCGCCUGUAUGCGUCAACCCUCACAAGGUCCCACUUUUGGUAUUAAAGGUGGUGCUGCCGGUGGUGGUUAUGCUCAAGUUAUACCCAUGGAAGAAUUUAACCUACAUCUAACUGGUGAUAUACAUGCUGUCACUGCUGCCAAUAACUUAGUGGCCGCUCAGUUAGAUACACGUAUUUUCCAUGAAAAUACACAAAAAGAUCAGGCACUAUACGAUCGUUUAGUGCCCCGCAUUAAGGGUGAAAGAAAAUUCUCGAAAAUUCAAUUGAGACGUUUACAACGUUUGGGCAUUAACAAGACAGAUCCCGAUAGUUUGACUGAUGAGGAAAAGGGUAAAUUUGCUCGUUUAGAUAUUGAUCCUGAUACCAUUAUGUGGGAACGUGUUGUUGAUAUAAACGAUAGAUAUUUGAGACAAGUAACUAUUGGUCAAUCGGCUACUGAAAAAGGUUUCACACGUACCACUUCCUAUUCCAUCUCGGUGGCUAGUGAGAUAAUGGCUGUUUUAGCUUUGGCCAAGAACAUGGAAGACAUGAAGGAUAGAUUAUCGAAAAUGGUGGUGGCUUUUGAUCGUAAGGGAGAUCCUGUAACAGCUGAUGAUUUGGGUUGUACGGGUGCUUUGACUGUUCUGCUUAAGGAUGCUUUGGAACCUAAUCUAAUGCAAACUUUAGAGGGUACCCCCGUUAUGGUACAUGCUGGCCCAUUUGCCAAUAUUGCUCAUGGCUGCUCUUCGAAUGUGGCCGAUGAAAUUGCACUAAAGUUGGUGGGUGAGGAAGGUUUCGUGUGCACCGAAGCCGGUUUUGGUUCCGAUAUUGGUAUGGAAAAAUUCUGUAAUAUUAAAUGCCGUUCUAUGGGUCGUAGUCCAAAUGCUGUUGUUUUGGUGGCCACUGUUCGAGCUUUGAAAAUGCAUGGUGGUGGUGCUCCUGUUACAGCUGGCGCUCCUCUAAACAAACAAUAUACUGAAGAGAAUGUGGAAUUGUUGGAGAAAGGUUUACCCAAUUUAUUGCAACACAUUUCGAAUGGUCGUUCUUUCGGUUUGCCCGUUGUGGUGGCCAUUAAUCGUCAUAGCUCUGAUACUGAUGCAGAACACGAAUUGGUUAAAUCGGCUGCCCUUAAAGCUGGUGCCUUUGCCGCUGUUGUUUGUACUCACUGGAGUGAUGGUGGUGCUGGAGCAACUGAAUUGGCUGAAGCUGUUAUUAAUGCCUGCAAAAAUUCCCAUAACUUCCAAUAUCUAUAUGAUAAUGAAUUGUCGUUGUUGGACAAAAUGAAUACCAUUGCCCAAAAAAUGUAUGGUGCAGCUAAAGUAGAACUAACACCUAAAGCACAAAGUGCCAUGGAAAAAUUAACCAAUGCUGGUUUUGGCAAUUUACCCAUUUGCAUGUCUAAGGUAUCCGGAUCCCUUACCGGCGAUGCUGCCAUUAAGGGCGCCCCCAAGGGUUUCACUUUGACCGUUAGCAGCAUGCAUGUUUCUGCAGGAGCUGGUUUUGUGGUAGCCAUGUGUGGUGAAAUAACUAAAAUGCCUGGUUUGCCUACACGUCCGUGCAUUUAUGAUAUUGACUUGAAUACUGAAACUGGUGAAAUUGAAGGUCUUUUCUAAAUGCAAAGGAAACAUUAAUUUGUUUUGUAUAUUUGUGGACAAAAUUAUUUGUAUUUUUGAUAUAAUUACUCUUUUUCUUUUAUUAAUUAAGUUGAUAUUGUGUAAAAUAUUUGUUAAAUUUAAAUAAAUUGUAAUGUUUUAAUAACGUUUUUUAUCCAAAUCCUUUUCUAAA